ACUUGUGUGGUACCAACUUAAGAAACUUAGUACCAUACUACAGAUAAAUAAUUUCUUUAAAAGGGAAUUCAUUUUUUUAGUUGUUGGUAACAUUGCGUGUUCACGUCUUUCUUGCAAGUGUUUCGCGAUUGACAGGACGUUGUGAGGACGUCAUGCCGUUUGAGCGCUACGUAGAACCGGGGCGUGUCGCCCUGGUAUCCGACGGUAAAUUAAAAGGCAAAUUAGUGAGCAUAGUCAACAUCAUUGACCAGACUAGAGCCCUAGUCGAUGGACCUGGAAGUGGUAUCCCAAGACAGCAAAUACGUCUAAACCAGCUGCAUCUUACAAAGUUCCGCCUCUCAUACUCCUUCACAGCGCCAACACGCGUUGUAAGGAAAGCGUGGUCUGACGCGAAACUCAAUGAAAAAUGGGCUGACAGCCAGUGGGCCAAGAACCUCGCGAACAAGGAGAAACGUGCACAAAUGACAGACUUCGACCGGUUUAAGUUAACCGCCGCUCGUGUCAAGAGGAACCGUGCCAGGACUGCAGUGUUCAAGAGUAUGAAAGUCAAAGCGGCACGUAGUGGCGGCUUUGGCAAGAAAAGGCUACCCAAGACGACAGCGAAGAAGGUCCGCACGAAAAAAGCGCCCGCCGCCAAACCAGCGAAGAAGUAAUUCUUGUUUUGUCUGAAAUAAAUUUGUAUUUAUAGGGCAAUUGAAAAAUAAAGAGUUACUUUUAAGCUACA